AAAAGAGCUUAUUGGACAUUUAGUCAUUCUAAGGGAAUCACGUGCAGAGCAUCAGAAACACAUGCGUUGAAAAUAACCAUCCUUGUUUCUUCUUUUUUCAGGUGCCCCUGGUUGACAAAGGUGAUCUCUCCCGCUGUGCCUCUCUACAAUGGCUUGGUCUUCCUCUUCGUGUUGGCCAACUUUAGCAUGGCAACCUUCAUGGACCCUGGUAUUUACCCCAGAGCGGACGAGGACGAGGACAAGGACGAUGAUUUCCGAGCGCCGCUCUACAAAAACGUGGAGAUCAAAGGCAUUCAGGUCCGGAUGAAGUGGUGCGCCACCUGUCACUUCUACCGGCCGCCUCGCUGCUCGCACUGCAGCGUCUGUGACAACUGCGUGGAGGACUUUGACCAUCACUGUCCGUGGGUGAACAACUGCAUCGGGCGGAGGAACUACCGCUACUUCUUCCUCUUCCUGCUGUCGCUGAGCGUCCACAUGGUGGGCGUUUUCUCAUUUGGCCUCAUCUUCGUCCUCCACCACAAGGAAAGGCUGGCCGCGCUGCACACCACUGUCACCCUGGUGGUGAUGUGCAUAACGGGGCUGUUCUUUAUUCCGGUCAUGGGGCUCACAGGUUUUCACAUGGUGCUUGUGGCUCGUGGCCGAACGACCAAUGAGCAGGUGACGGGCAAGUUUCGUGGAGGAGUAAAUCCUUUCACCAAGGGUUGCUGUGGCAACGUGGAGUACAUCUUGUGCAGCCCGCAGGCACCCAGGUACAGGCUGGACCCCAGGAAAAAGGCCCAUGUCAAAAUUCAGCCCCCAUUCAUCAGACCAGAUCUCUCAGACAGGCAAAUCACCAUCAAGGUCAGCGACAACGGCAUUCACAGCACCAUAAUCAGCUCCAAGUCCAAAAGCAGCCUGGAUGGUUUGGACAGCAAAGAAACUCAGCCACCACUGCCACCCAAAGCUGACAGGUACAACCAGCUAAAGAGUCAGCUCACCUCCAGUGAAGAAAGUUCUCUUUCUGGUAAGACCCACCCAUCAACUCCGGCUAUGUACAAAUACCGGCCGUCCUUUGGCACCAUGCCCAAAGUCCACUACCACAAUGCAGGAGACAGGAUUGUCAUGCCGGACGACCGAAAGGCUUCUGCCAUUUUAGAAGAAGGCGUCCGUGGUCAUGACUACAGAUCCGAGCCCAACCUGGACCUGCCCGAGUACGCCAACGCGCCGCUCCACCGCACUUUCCAGUCCUCGCCUCUCCAGCUGGACUCGGACCCGGUCGGCUCGCGCUCGCUCAGCCUGAGGCAGGCUCACCGGCGGGCGGAGAAGGGCCAGAUCCAGGCGCUGUCGCCCCAGGCCGUGACUUCCACCCCGUACAGGGGCGUCUUCUCCCCGAACACUCUCUCCAAUCGCAACGGGAGCCUGUCUUACGACAGCCUGCUCAACCCCAGCAUCUCCCCGGCCAGUGCCGGUGAGUGCGUGGCCCACCGUGUUGUGCCCUCCGUCGGGUUCCACUCCCCCUACCUGCCCGCCAAAUUGUGCCACAUCCGGGAGCCCGAAAUGCAGAGACAGCAGGUGGCCCCCGUGUACAGUCCGGCGAUGCCCCCGAGAGCAGUGGGCCGACAGUCCCCCCACCCGAGGGACCGGGACCCGUCCCCGGUGCGCUACGACAACCUCUCCCAAACCAUCAUGGCCUCCAUCCAGGAGCGGAAGGAGAUGGAGGAGAGGGAGAAGCGGCAGAUGCUGCGCGGGCGCUCCCAGACCCACCUCUACGCCCAGGACUCCGGGAUGUUCGACGGGGGCUACGGCCUGCCGUCCGCUUCUUGCUAUCCGGACGCGCCCCGAGGCCCCGGCUCCCGGGGCCCGACCCCUCCGGCUUACGGGGGCUCUCGGGACAACCUGAUGGGGGCGGGCCUGGUGAGCUACGGCCAGAGGACCCCCGUGCUGCGCCACGCCGGCUCCACCCUGGGCCGCGCCCCCCGGACCUCGUCCACGUCCCUGCACACGGACCACAGCAGCAGCAACAGCAGCCAGGGCAGGGGCCCCGGCAUCGAGGGCCUCUACCGCUCCCCGGCCCACCAGCCCCACUCCCCAGCUAUGCCCCGCUCGCCCUCCUACUCCCACCACAAACUGUCCUACAUCACCGCCCACGAGAGGACUGACUCGCCUCGGAUGGGAGGAGGCCCAAGGGAGGCCAUGAAAGCAAACGGGCAGAUGGACUGCCACCUGGGCAGCCAGGGGGCCGCCCACAGCCCCGGUCGCCACGGUAACGUCAAAAAGGUGACAGGUGUCGGAGGCACCACAUAUGAAAUAUCUGUGUGAGCCAGAACACCCCCCAUCCACUUACCCACACCCAUCAG